UGUACACCUAUGUUUCAAAAUGAUUCCUUCUGAAAUACGUCGAAUGCGUUACGAUUGCAUGACGUAAUCAGUCGACGCCCUUACGUAAAACCCUGCGUCUGUGCGUCAGUGUGCCGCCUUCUGGAAAUCAUACAGAAUCGAAAAUGGCCAGUCAGUCAAUGGAGGUUGUUGCGAAGGCUCUGGAGCAGCAGGUGCUGCAGUCGGCACGGAUGGUGGAAGAGCAGCUGGAUGCAGAACUAGAGAAGCUGCAGAGCAUGGAUGAAGAUGAGCUGGAGCGGCUCAAGGAGAGAAGGCUCGAGGCCCUUAAGAAAGCUCAGAAACAGAAGCAGGAGUGGAUAUCUAAAGGACAUGGUGAAUACAGAGAGAUCCCAAGUGAGAGAGAUUUUUUUGCUGAGGUGAAGGAAAGCAAAAGUGUCGUCUGCCAUUUCUACAGAGACUCUACCUUCAGAUGUAAAAUUUUGGACAAGCACCUAGCUGUUUUGGCUAAAAAACAUCUGGAAACAAAGUUCAUCAAGCUGAAUGUUGAGAAGGCUCCAUUCCUAACAGAGAGGCUGAAGAUUAAAGUCAUUCCAACACUGGCUCUGGUGAAGGAUGGGAAGACUAAGGAUUAUGUUGUGGGCUUCACCGAUCUGGGCAACACAGAUGAGUUUCCUACUGAAAUGCUGGAGUGGAGACUGGGCUGCUCAAAUAUCAUCAACUACAGUGGGAAUAUUUUGGAGCCACCAACAAUUGGGCAGAAGUCAGGAACGAAGUUCACCAAGGUGGAGAAAAAGACCAUCAGAGGCAAAGGUUAUGACUCGGACUCUGGAUCUGAUGAGGAUUAGAGGACUAAAUCAUCAAGCUCCAUGUUUCUCAGGGCUUCCAACAUAACAGUUCUAAGUCUUGUAACACCUCUUUGUGAUCACUCGUUUUUCUUGCACUGUCUAUUUAAUUUCUUGUGUCUCUCACCUUUGUCCUGAAUACCACCUGAGAGGGUAUUCAUACUUUAAUUUAUAUCCCUUUACCUAUGUUUUAGAAGUGAAACAUUUCUAUGGAGCAUCAUUCUGGUGAAGGCUCUCUCUUAAGAUUAAGUUUCUGCAAGACGGAACAACUGGAAGCUUAUGUUUAAACAACAGUGCAAACACAAAAUCAAUAUUUUGCCUCUGAUGGACUGAUGCUCAGUUUAGUGAGCAUCAAACAAGUGCCAAGGAAGCAAGCUUGUGUAUUCCACUAAGAAUAUGUCACCUCUUUCACCCAUUGAUGUGAAGGAAGUGCAGGCUUUUUUUCUUUUGUAACCGUAUGUGACUCAUUAAAAAAAAAAAUAAAAAAAUAUAUGAUA